CGCUGACAAAAGAUGGAGCUCGAUUUGCUUUCAAAACGAUAGGAAGCUUAACAGACGUAUGUAUGCCUAUCUGAAAAGAACUUGCCGACACCAAAAUUAGGAAAACUUCUUUAGCUUAGUGGUUUUCGGGAGAGCCUAUUAAUUAAAUGUGCUCCUGGUUUCGUCACAAUGAGGCGCGACAAUUCAUUCUCGCCCGUGUGUAAAAUUCACACAGAAAGGGAGGGAUACCGUUCAAACUGUUUUAAAACAGUAGUUUAUGAUUUUCAUAAAAAUUCAUUCAUAAAGGAUUCUUCUGAAAUGCACAACUAAUUCUCGCGUGAUUAACCGUUAAGUGCAAGGCCGCCAAGGCAACGUCACGCGAUAUGGUAAUAUUAUCACUCGUCCUGAUGAGCCUAAACUGUCAUGGCUGAAGGUCGGGAUGAGUUUUUCAAUGGAUCAUUUCCCGAUGAUUUCAUGUGGGGCACGUCAACUUCUGCGUAUCAAGUCGAAGGCGGCUGGAACGCCGAUGGAAAGGGCUUAAGCAGUUGGGAUAAAUUCACUCAAGCUGGGGGUAACACGUACAUGAAUCAAACAGGCGACAUAGCUUGUGAUUCUUACCACAAGACCGACGAGGAUAUCAAGCUUUUGAAAAACCUCGGAGUGGGAUAUUACAGGUUUUCAAUCUCCUGGUCUAGAGUUUUGCCAAAGGGCACGACUGACGAAGUGAAUCAUGCAGGAGUGAAAUACUACAACGACUUGAUAAACUCGCUGCUAGAAAAUGGCAUCACGCCGAUGGUGGCUAUGUACCAUUUCGAUCUUCCCCAAGCACUACAAGACGAGUACGAUGGCUGGUUGAACCCAAAGAUGGCCGACGUUUUCAACGACUACGCCAAGUUUUGUUAUGACACGUUUGGCGAUCGCGUGAAGUGGUGGAUCACAAUAAAUGAGCCAUGGGAACCCGCUCUUCUUGGUCACGGAUUCGGUUUAACACCUCCAGGGAAGAAAGACCUUCGCUCAUCGGUAUACAAAGUUGCCUACAUAAUGCUUCUUGCUCACGCCAAGGCAUGGCAUACAUACGAUCAACAGUUCCGUACCUCACAGCAAGGUAAAGUAUCCCUAAUUCUCAAUGUGCAAUGGGGAGAGCCUAAGAGUAACACGCAAGCCGACAAGGAUGCCGCUGAACGUAGUCUGGAGUGGUGGCUCGGUUGGUUUGCUCAUCCAGUUUUCGUCAACGGGGACUGGCCCGACAUUAUGAAAAAGACGGUUAAAGAGAAAAGUGACGCUAAAGGAAUUCCGAACAGACUUCCUGAGUUCACUGAGCCAGAGAAACAACUCAUUAAAGGAACAGCGGAUUUCUUCGCUCUGAACAUGUACAGUGCAUUCCUUAUUGAGCAUCAAGCAUUCCCAUCCGGCGUGGACUGGAACUACAUGACCGAUCAAGAAAUGAAGACGUCUUCUCAUCCUUCGUGGCAGCGAGGUGCCAAUGUGUGGUUGUUCAAUACUCCCUGGGCCUUGCGUAAGCUUCUCAACUGGGUGAAAACGCAUUACAAUGACCCUGAAAUCAUCAUAACAGAGAAUGGUUUCGCCAUCGAUGGUGAAGCUGAACUUACCGGUGAAGAAGCCUUAAACGACAAGAUACGAGUCAAUUACUUGACGUCUUAUGUGAACGAAGCCUUAAAGGCGAUCCGCCUGGACGGGGUACGAUUGAAAGGUUAUUUCUACUGGUCUCUUAUGGAUAACUUUGAAUGGAUGGAAGGAUAUCGUGUUCGUUUUGGUAUACAUCGGGUCGAUUUCAAUGAUCCUAGUCGAACCCGCACCCCCAAAAAGUCUGCAGAGGUGUAUAAAGAAAUCAUUCGCAAUAAUGGUUUCCCAAGAAAAAAGGAUGAAAAGUCCGGGCUUUGAUAUCUAACGAAAAUAAACUAAGCCUGAAUCCAGGGAGAAGUCGUGACUGUGACUGUCAUGCCAAGGAAACGCGUAAAAGGUUCUGAAAAGUAUAUUUUUUUCGAUAUCUGAAGGCCGGGGGUAACUUAGUCUCCCUCGCAGCCGUUUUUAGUCUCGUCACGCAACGCUGUUUGUGGGGAGGAGCGUUGCGUGACGAGACUAAAAACGGCUGCGAGGGAGACUAGGGGUAACUGACCUGGAAUGUUUCUUAGUAGAGGAAGAGAUUGUGUUCGAAAUUUGUUUUGAUAUCAAACUUUUUAACUUUAAGAUAGUCAUUGUAACUGACUGCCGGCCAAAACUCAAUCUAGAUGGUCAACCUUAACUAUGUGUAUUAAAGGAAGCAAGGCCUUUUCAUGUUACUGCUGUGUUUUCUUUAAUCAUUAACCCAUCUGAGAACAGGAAAAGCUCCCCUACCACCAUAUAUGUAUUAAAGGAGGCAAGGCCUUUUUA